AUGUUCUGCAGAAGGUGCAAAUGUGAUGUCAUGCCCAUUGUUUUGGUGAGCCCAACCAAUCGGACGCGCCGCCUGGAUUCUACCGGAGCCGGCAUGGGCCCUUCCUCGCACCAGCAGCAGGAGUCUCCGCUCCCUACCAUAACGCAUUGCGCAGGGUGCACCACCGCCUGGUCUCCCUGCAGCUUUAACAGCCCUGACAUGGAAACCCCAUUGCAGUUCCAGCGCGGCUUCUUCUCGGAGCAGCCGCCACCGCCACCGCGCUCCUCACACCUGCAUUGCCAGCAGCAGCAGCAGAGCCAGGACAAGCCGUGCCCGCCCUUCGCGCCCCUCCCGCACCCUCACCACCCCCCGCACCUCGCGCACCAGCAGCAGGGCAGCGGCGGCAGCAGCCCAUGCCUCCGGUGCAACAGCUGCGCCUCCUCCGGUGCCCCGGGGGCGGGGGCGGGGGAUAACCUGUCCCUGCUGCUCCGCACCUCCUCGCCCGGCGGCGCCUUCCGGACCCGUACCUCCUCGCCGCUGUCAGGCUCGUCGUGCUGCUGCUGCUGCUCGUCGCGCCGGGGCAGCCAGCUCAAUGUGAGCGAGCUGACGCCGUCCAGCCAUGCCAGUGCGCUCCGGCAGCAGUACGCGCAGCAGCCGGCGUCCGCCUCCCAGUACCACCAGUGCCACAGCCUGCAGCCCGCCGCCAGCCCCACGGGCAGCCUCGGCAGCCUGGGCUCCGGGCCCCCGCUCUCGCACCACCACCACCACCACCACCACCCGCACCCGGCGCACCACCAGCACAGCCAGCCCCAGGCGCGCCGCGAGAGCAACCCCUUCACCGAAAUAGCCAUGAGCAGCUGUAGGUACAACGGGGGCGUCAUGCGGCCACUCAGCAACUUGAGCGCGUCCCGCCGGAACCUGCACGAGAUGGACUCUGAGGCACAGCCCCUACAGCCCCCGGUGUCUGUCGGAGGAGGUGGCGGCGCGUCCUCCCCGUCUGCAGCCGCGGCCGCCGCCGCUUCGUCCUCAGCCCCGGAGAUCGUGGUAUCUAAACCGGAGCACAACAACUCCAAUAACCUGGCGCUCUACGGAGCCGGCGGCGGAGGCAGCGCUGGAGGCGGCGGCGGCGGUGGCAGCGGGCAUGGCAGCAGCGGUGGCACCAAGUCCAGCAAAAAGAAGAACCAGAACAUUGGCUACAAGCUGGGCCACCGGCGCGCCCUGUUCGAGAAGCGCAAGCGGCUCAGCGACUACGCGCUCAUCUUCGGCAUGUUCGGCAUCGUGGUCAUGGUCAUCGAGACCGAGCUGUCGUGGGGCGCCUACGACAAGGCGUCGCUGUAUUCCUUAGCUCUGAAAUGCCUUAUCAGUCUCUCCACGAUCAUCCUGCUCGGUCUGAUCAUCGUGUACCACGCCAGGGAAAUACAGUUGUUCAUGGUGGACAAUGGAGCAGAUGACUGGAGAAUAGCCAUGACUUAUGAGCGUAUUUUCUUCAUCUGCUUGGAAAUACUGGUGUGUGCUAUUCAUCCCAUACCUGGGAAUUAUACGUUCACAUGGACGGCCCGGCUUGCCUUCUCCUAUGCCCCAUCCACCACCACCGCUGAUGUGGAUAUUAUUUUAUCUAUACCAAUGUUCUUAAGACUCUAUCUGAUUGCCAGAGUCAUGCUUUUACACAGCAAACUUUUCACUGAUGCCUCUUCUAGAAGCAUUGGAGCACUUAAUAAGAUAAACUUCAAUACGCGUUUUGUUAUGAAGACCUUAAUGACUAUAUGCCCAGGAACUGUACUCUUGGUUUUUAGUAUCUCAUUAUGGAUAAUUGCCGCAUGGACUGUCCGAGCUUGUGAAAGGUACCAUGAUCAACAGGAUGUUACUAGCAACUUCCUUGGAGCAAUGUGGUUGAUAUCAAUAACUUUUCUCUCCAUUGGUUAUGGUGACAUGGUACCUAACACAUACUGUGGGAAAGGAGUCUGUUUGCUCACUGGAAUUAUGGGUGCUGGUUGCACAGCCCUGGUGGUAGCUGUGGUCGCAAGGAAGCUGGAACUUACCAAAGCAGAAAAGCACGUGCACAACUUCAUGAUGGACACCCAACUGACAAAAAGAGUGAAAAAUGCAGCUGCCAAUGUACUCAGGGAAACAUGGCUAAUCUACAAAAAUACAAAGCUAGUAAAAAAGAUUGAUCAUGCAAAAGUCAGAAAACAUCAACGGAAAUUCUUGCAAGCUAUUCAUCAAUUAAGAAGUGUAAAAAUGGAGCAGAGGAAACUGAAUGAUCAAGCAAAUACCUUGGUGGACCUGGCAAAGACCCAGAACAUCAUGUAUGACAUGAUUUCCGACUUAAAUGAAAGGAGUGAAGACUUUGAGAAGAGGAUCGUUACCCUGGAAACCAAAUUAGAGACUUUGAUUGGUAGCAUCCAUGCCCUACCUGGGAUCAUAAGCCAGACCAUGAGGCAGCAACAGAGAGAUUUCCUCGAGGCUCAGAUGGAGAACUACGACAAGCAUGUCCCCUACGAUGCUGAGCGGUCCCGGUCCUCGUCAAGGAGGCGGCGGUCCUCCUCUACAGCACCACCAACUUCAUCAGAGAGUAGCUAG